CUCGCUGUUUCUUUGGAAGUGAAGCUCUUCGAUGUAUGAGAGAAGCUAUCAACAAGGGAAGAGGGGAGAUGAGGAACGCCUUUUUCGCAUGCCUUCUCGUGUUUUGCUUCGAAAACAUGUCCGGGAAGCCAGGAACAGCCGCUGCCAACGCAAUAAGCGGAUUGAUGAUCCUUCACGAUUUGAUCACCAAGACAGAGGAUAACUGCCUUCUGAAUUCCCGAAGAAAGAGACGCUGGGAGCAGCACAAUAUCGAGGACGACGUAAUAUUGGCACUAGUUGGCCUUAACCUCCACGUCGUUUUCUUCGUUGACGGGAGACGGGAAGCAUUUCACCAGAUCUACAUUGAAAGUUCCAACUCGGCCACUUCAAGCAUGCCUAAAGAGCUACGAAGCCAGCAGACCGCGAGGCAGUUUUGGGCGCCGAAAAGAGCAAGUCCUGCGACCAUGAUGAAGAUGGCCCGUAGGAAGAUGGGACAAAUCUAUCCCCCCGGUAUCAAUAUGUUUUUCACACUCAAGGAGCCUCCCAUGGAUAUGUUUCCCGAUGUCCUUCGGUAUCGGGAAGAUGUCAGACGAUGGAAACGAGCCUCAGCUACGGUCUUCGACCAUGUUUGGAAGAGAGGAACCCAGGAAGAAAGGACUGCGGUUUGUCUGUUGCAAAUCCACAAACUGAUGGCACAUAUCAUGCUUGCAGGGGCUUUUUGCACAACCCAGACUGCAUACGAUCAGUUCUUCCCGGAAUAUCAGAAGAUCAUGGAGCUCGUCGAGUAUGUCUACCCACAUCUCGUCGAAGCCAAGCAUGGAGAGCCGCUGUAUCGAUUCGAUCUCGGGAUAAUCAUCGCUAUGUUUCUGGUCGGCGUAAGGUAUCGGGACAAAGCAACGAGAGACAGCUCUGCACAUCUGCUCAACCUGAAUAAGGAAUAUCGUGAGGGCAUGUGGGAUACGGGCAGUGCAGGAGCAAUUGUCAGCCGGCGAGAGAAAUCGAAGAUGGGAUGA